AUGGCUAGUAUAACAGAAUUCGUUAAACGUCCUGAUUUUGGUCGUGUAGGUCAUCCUAUAAGACUUAGAACAAACUAUUUCGAAGUAAUAGCUUUUCCUUCCUCAAAUAUUUACCAUUACGACAUUGUAAUUAUACCAGAAGUUCCUCCAACUUUGAAUAGAAAAAUUUUUCAAGUAGCAGAAAAUUCUUUUCCCGGUAUAAGAGCUGUAUUUGAUGGUCGUAGAAAUGUUUAUACCAUCAGACCGUUUCCUUUUGGGGAUGCACAAGCAUUAGAUGUGACUAUGCCAGAGGAUAAUGCGGGUGGAAGAACUCCACGUACUUUUAAAAUAAUGAUUAGAAGGGUCGCUGUAAUUAAUAUGGAAGAGAUCAACAGAUUUCUUAACGGACGUGGGUCUAUAUCAUCAAAUAUUUUAACAGGCAUUAUGGUUCUUAAUAUAUUGAUUCAUAACAAACCAUCAAAGGAGCAUAUAAAAGUAGGGAGAGUAUUUUACACUAAUCAAGGUUCACGAUCUCUUAGUGGAGGGGUAGAGGUUUGGCAAGGAUAUUUUCAAUCUAUUAGACCAACACCUAGGAAACUGAUGAUAAAUGUUGAUUUACAUGCUACUGCUUUUUAUGAAAGUGAUAGUUUAGUACAAUUAGUUGCAAAAAAACUCAAUAAGAAGUCCGUUGAUGAUCUUAGAGGGAUUCACAAUAGAGAUCGUACAAAGCUUGAAAAAUGUUUAAAGAAUCUAAAAAUUUUCGACACUCACCGUGGUGAAGUUGCUUCAAGACGUCGAUUUAGAAUUUCUAAAUUAACUAAUACUCCAGCUUCUAGUACUAAAUUUGAAGUUAAUGGUCAACAAAUUGAUAUCGCUACAUACUUUUUUAAUACGUAUAAUAAAAGACUACAAUAUCCGUUCCUUCCUUGCAUUGUCAUCCGAAGGGAAACUUAUUUACCAAUGGAAGUAUGUAAUGUAGUUGAGGGGCAACAUUAUAUGCGCAAAUUGAAUGAAAGACAAACGGAAAAUAUGAUUAAAUUUACUUGUCAGCCCCCUUCAUCACGUGCUAAUAAAAUUAGCCAAUGUAUCGAAGUUCUUAAUUAUAGACUAAAUGAAUAUAUGCAACAAUUUGGUUUCCGAGUAUCCAAUGAAAUGGCCAUAAUUCAAGCAAGGGUAUUACCCACUCCAACAUUACAUUAUCAUCCUGCUUCUAAAGAGGAUACUUUCAUUCCAAAGGAUGGUUUAUGGAAUUUAAGGAAUAAAAAAUUUGCCACUGGUGCAACGCUUGGUUCAUGGUCAUGUGCUGUUUUUGGAAGUGAAAGAUAUUAUCCAAUGGGUGCUAUACAAAAAUUCAUUAGAGAAUUGAUUACCACAUGUCAAGAUACUGGAAUGAAUAUUCCAAAUAAGAAUCCACCUAUUCAACAUUGUAACCCUCAAGGCGGUAUUGAAACUGCUUUGAGACAAGUUUGGGUUAAGGCUGGAAACUUGGCUAAAUCUAAACCUCAAUUAAUUUUAUGUAUUCUCCCUAAUACUGGUGUAUCAUUGUAUGCCGAAAUUAAACGUGUUGGCGAUACCGUAAUUGGCGUCGCUUCUCAAUGUGUUCAGGGAAAACAUAUGUUUACAGUAAAAAAGCAAUAUUGUGCUAAUGUUUGUCUUAAAAUAAAUGUUAAACUUGGUGGCAUGAAUUCAUUCAUUAAUCCAAGCCAAAUGCCCUUUAUUACACAGCGCCCGACUAUCCUUAUGGGUGCUAGCGUUACUCAUCCUGCUCCAGGUGCAGAGAAUAUGGGUCGUCCGUCCAUUGCUGCUGUGACUGCUUCAAUGGACGCAAAAGCAUAUCGAUAUGCUGCUUCAAUUCGUGUUCAAACUGGCAGACAGGAAGUUAUUAGUGAUUUAGCAGAAAUGGUUAAAGAAUUAUUAAAAACAUUUUAUAUGACCUGUGGAAGAAAACCGGAACGUAUUUUAUUUUAUCGAGACGGCGUUUCAGAAGGUCAAUUUUCUAUAGUGUUAAAGGAUGAAACCAAGUCAAUAAAAGAAGCAUGUAGGUCUCUUGACGAGAAGUAUAAACCAACAAUAACUUUUGUAGUUGUACAAAAACGUCAUCACACUCGUUUUUUCCCAACUAAUGCGAGAGAUGGCGAUAGAACAGGAAAUUGUUCUUCUGGUACAGUAGUUGAUUCAACAAUAGUACAUCCUUUUGAAUUUGACUUUUAUCUUCAAAGUCACCCUAAUUUGCAAGGGACUUCACGUCCGAUGCAUUAUCACGUGUUACUUGAUGAAAAUGUAUUCAAUGCAGACUCACUUCAAACAUUAACAUACAAUUUAUGCUAUAAUUUUGCUCGAUGUACUCGUGCAGUUUCUAUUGUUCCACCAGUGUAUUAUGCUCAUUUAGUUUGCGCUAGAGCAAGAUUUCAUGCAAGUGGUGAAAAUUGGAGCGAUCCAGAUACUCCAGAUACUCCAGAAGGUGCGGGAGUAGCCAGAUACGCUGCUGUAAAAACUGAAUUACUAAAGACUAUGUAUUUUAUGUAA